AUGGUAUAUUUAAAAACAAAGAAUAGCAAUUACUGGAAGAAGAAGAAUAUAAUUCAGGUUGAAGAUUUACUGUUCAAAUUUAUGUUUGAUAAUCGGUCGAUGCCUGAGAUAUGCAAAGAAAUUUACGAUAAAUAUGAUGCACCUUACAUUGGGACCACUCAGGCAUGUGUUCCUUCACUGAUAGUAAAAACUGUGGAAGACAUUCAAGCUGUGUUUGCUGGCGAUUUCCAAAGUUUUUACAGCCGUGGAAUACAUACUAAUCCAAAUGACAUCUUAUCCGAUAACCUUCUCUUUGCGAGUCAUUUUCCGAGGUGGAAAUUGAUGCGACAGAAAUUAUCACCAGUGUUCACAAGCGCAAAACUCAAAAACAUGUUUUACAUUUUAGAAAAAUGUGCCCGUGAUUUCGUAUCAUUGGUGGAAAGCGAUGAGAACAUGAGAAAAACACCGUUUAAUGUCUUGUAUACUUACACUACAGCGUCAAUAGGGGCUUCGGUAUUUGGUAUUGAUACUCAAACGAAAAACACAAUGAAUUCGCCCUUCUUGGAAAUGGCACGGAAAUCUGUAGAGCCAACCCUUAAAACAAACCUCUUUAUCAUUAUGGCUGACAUGUUUCCAAAACUCUUUAAUUUUCUGAAUCUGAAGUUUUUCGCUGAUUACGAAGACUUUUUUGUCGGUGCUGUAAAAAGUGUACUUGCUGAUAGAAGACUUGGUAAUGAUACAAAACGUUAUGAUUUUAUAGAAACAUGUUUAGAACUGCAAAAAAAUGGCGUGAUGCAGGAUCCUUCAACUGGGUAUGAGAUUGAACCGACUGAUGAAGUAAUGGCUGGUCAAGCAUUUUUCUUUUUCAUAGCCGGAGCUGACACUUCAGCUAACGCGAUGCAUUUUACUUUACUUGAACUUUCAUCUAAUCAAAAAGUUCUUAACAAAUUACAUAAAGAAAUAGAUGCCAUAUUUGUACCGGGUAAGAAUGAAAUAACCUACAAAGAUAUUGAAAACCUACCGUAUCUGGAUAUGGUAUUGAAUGAGGCGAUGAGAAAGUUCCCACCAGUGGGUGUGAUUCAAAGAGAGUGUACUAGAAAUACAGUGUUACCAAGUGGAGUGAAAAUUGAAAAAGGCACUACCGUGCAAGUGCCCGUAUUCGCAAUUCAUCGAGACGAGAAAUAUUUUCCAAAUCCACAAGAAUUUGAUCCCGAGAGAUUUGGACCUGAUAAUUCUAAAGGAAUCACAAAUUACACUAAUUUACCUUUCGGCGAAGGAAACCGGAUUUGUAUUGGAUCAAGGUUUGCAAGACUGCAAGUGAAGGUUGGCCUUGCGUGGCUGCUGCAUCGUUUUACCUUGGCUGAACAAAGUAAUUAUCCUGUGAAAUUCGAAAAAAGCUCAUUCGGGCUGAGAGACCCGACAGCUCGUUACGAUUUGAUACCCAGAAAAGUUUAA